UAAUUUACAAUCAAUUGUCACAAGGUGACUCGCUGGGACACAUGCAAUCGCAAGAGUCCCACCGUUUUAGCUACGGAGGCGACGUAACAGGGUCAGCAUCGGCAAUACCGACGUACACUGGGUCCCCAAUCCGGACCACUCCAUUGGGACCUUUCAAGCCCAUAUGGACGCCCAUUACUGGAUUGUCUUUGUUACGUUUUCAAAGUCUUAAGUGGCUCCAUUUUAGGAUGUUUAACACCAAGCUCUGGAUGAACAGUAGUGAAGAUACAUCUGGUACAAGGCUUGACGUUCCUAAAUAAAACACCGCCAAUUUUUAUCCAGUCCCAAGUAUCUUCUUCCAAAGGUUCUGCGCCUUUGACGACGAAAUUUGGUCUGAAAUUCAGAGGAACCACUGCAUCUUCUAUUCGCGUGUUCAAGUCAUUGAUCGAAGCUUCGUUCAUCAACGUGUAUGCUGUUGCGUCUGGAUAGGCGCCCUGUUUUUGAAAAGUUGAACAAAAGUUAUGCAGUAUAAAAAAAAAAGCUUGUGUACUUUUUGUAUCAAUUAUAUGUACAAUGUGGCUGUGAGGCAU